CCACGAACAGGCGGCCAACCAUUUCUUGGAUCAAGCACACGCGCAGAUCGCGAUGCAACUGACAUUCCUUUCCUGUAUAACCAGUCCUUGGAGCGUGCCAUUCGGGACCACGCCAGGAACCUGCACAUCUUGACACGAUGCCAAGUUGGACGUCUCGUCCCGCUACGCCCUGGACAGGUACCUACCUUAGUCCCGGCAAGAAUGCCUUGAUCGGGCAGGUUCCGACUUCCGAGGGCGGCACUGGCUGUCACGGUCCUUUGUCAAGCCGUUGAUGGCGGGGCGUAGGAGUUGAGAGCUUGCCGACGGCUGAGCCUGUGUAAGUAAGUAUAAAGGGGAGGGUGCUUGAUGUGUCCGGAGUUCAACUCCCAGGCCCAUCAGGCUUGCCGUCUCCGGGCCCCGAAGAAAACCGGCACUGGGAUCAGAUCCAUCUCAUCCCUUCCAUCCCGUCUCAUCCCGUCUCGCGUCUACGCUUCACCAUGAAGCUCCUGACAACCCUCCUCACCCUCACACCAGCUGUGCUGGGCCUCGCCCUCCCGGCUGAAGGCACCACCCUCGCCCUACGACAAUCCUCGGUGCAAAUCACCGACCAAUACCUCUUCAGCAUCUCACUCCCCGCCUUCACCGCCCGCCGCAACGCUCGCGACCCGGCAACCCUCAUCUGGGACUCAGACGGGUGCAGUUCCUCGCCCGACAACCCGUUCGGCUUCCCCUUUAUCCCGGCCUGCCAUCGCCAUGAUUUUGGCUACCGCAACUACAAGGCCCAGAACCGGUUUACGGAUGCCGGGAAAUUGAGGAUUGAUAACAAUUUCAGGAUUGAUUUGUACUACCAAUGCGCUGGGUCAUCCGUCCGGGGUGUUUGUGAAGCGCUGGCUGAGGUCUAUUACGCCGCGGUCAGGGCCUUUGGUGGGGAGACGCAGCCGGGGAAGCGGGAUGAGGAGCUGGUGAAGAUCUAUGAGGAGAAGGUGGCUAUUUAUGAGAAGCUGGUGAAGGAGGCGCAGGAGAAGGGCGAGUUGUGGCAUUUGAACUAGGGUAGAGCUACAUGUAGCUUAUAAUGACAUGACUCAUCAACAUGGCCUCAUGAAGGCGGCAAGGCGCUUUUGGGCAAUGCUCUACCUUUUC